AUGUUGCUGUCCUGUGUGCUCCUGGCUCUGGCCCUGCUUUCUCUACCUCCCCCAGUAAACCCCAGCGUGGACUCCUCCUUCAGGGACUGCAGCCGGUUCCUGUACCGGGGCCUGGCUCCCAGGGGCCUCCGGGGGACUCGGGGCCUCCAGAAGGUUUGCCAGCGUUACGGGGACAAGGCGCGCUAUGCAACCCUGUACGACCCAGCAGGCAGGAUCCCCCUCUUCUCUGCCUACACCUUUAAACGCUCCAAUGGUGAGAGCAGGGACGGUCUGCCUUGGAUGUACGAACCACAGCUGUCCAGCGGCUCUGGGACAGGUAACAUGCAGCCAUUCCCCCGUUCUCCCUCCAGCCUCCUGGCCCUUGAGGAAAGCCAGGCCGUGCUGGCUGACUACUCUGACGCAGUCCUCUACGAGCGUGGCCAGCUGAACCCCGAUCAGCACCAGGCCAGUCCUGGGGACAAGGACUCGACCUACACCCUGACCAACGUGGUUCCCCAGUCCAAGGAGUUCCUCCACCACCACUGGCUCCCCUACCUGGAGGACAUCCGCAAACGCCUCAACAACUAUUGUCGUGGAACAGCCUACGUCAUCAGUGGCGUCACCACCACUGGUAACACCAUCCGGAGAGGUAACGUUAACCGGGUGGGGGUACCGAAACAUCUGUGGACAGCCUACUGCUGUCCGGAUUUUGAUCCCAGUGCGCCGUACGAACUCCGGUACAAGUUCCCUACCUAUGCAGCCUAUGGGCUUAAUGAUGUGGUAGAUAACAUUGUCACGGAGACGUCGACGAAGAGCAUGGAGAUGUUGGUGAAGAGAGAGAUGGCUGUGGAUCAGGACUUUCAGCUGUUCGAUGGAAACUGUGUCCCCGAAGUAUGAAUGGUUAUUAGAGUAAAUAUCAAGAGACAAUCAUUUAAAGAGAGAGAGCGAGAGAGAG